AUGAAGCCCACACAGCCAAUGAUGGUGCGUUUGCGCUUGACCACCAAGCAGGUCAAUGGUGGCUACUACAAGGGAAACCGGACUGGCUCCAUGGGUCACUUCGACAAGAGAGGCACAUACAGGCCUGAUUUGUCAAAGCACCGUGUUUAUAUGCCUGCGGAAAAGCUCGAAAUUCCUGGAUGGACUUACACCCCUGAGACUUCGAAGGAGCCAUUCACGCUCGCCCCCUUCGUCACAAAACACAUGCGCAAGACACAGUCAAACUACGUUCAAGACAUUGAAAGAAAUGGCCGACGGGUUACCGUGAUCAGAGGAUUUGAGGGCAACGACUAUUUGGAGAAGUGGGCCGAGACCGCCGAAGCCGAAGAGGCCCGACUACAACCCGCCCCAAAGAAUAUCAAGACGAUUGGGACCAAGGAGAUUGAGCAGAUUGAGCAGAUUCAGAACCAAGAGCCGACCCGAACGCCUGAGACGCCUCAGCCCAAGCGCAGCAAGUUCCUUUUCUAG